GAAUGGUUGGUAGUAAAUGCCAAAAAAAUAUACUCAAACGGUCAAAAGGCAUGUUUAAAUAAAGUUAAAGUGUUUGAAAUAUUAUUGAAAAACAAAAUAUUUAAAAUGUGUUUGAUAAAAUAAUAAAAAAAGGAAAUUAAAAAAAAAUCUUAAAUUUUAAAGAAAAAAAUAAUCAAAAAUUAUGAUUAAAAAUAAAAAUAUGUUAAAUAAUUUACAUAAAAUUUAAAUGAUUCAAAAGUUUUGAGUGUGAUAUCUGGGAUUAAUAUAAACAAAGGAUAAAAAUCAGUUUAAUAAAAAUAUCAUUUGAAACCCAGAAUAAAAAACGAAGCUAUUUAAACGUUUCAACAGCAAUAGCAACAACAAUAACACUACCAACAAUAACAGCAACAAUAACAAUGAGCAACCAAAAAAAUCAAAAGAUGAACAAACAAUACAACAGAUAUCAACAGCAGAACCAGCAACAACAACAUUUACAACUACAACGACUAGUAGAUACUAAAUCUAUUGUACCCAAUGAAUCCCACAAUAUAUACCACCAGCAACAACAACAACAAACAAAAUAAAUUUAUUGUAAAAGCAUUUAUUUUGAUACUCAAACAAACUGGAAAACAAACCAAACAACAGAGAAACUCACAACAACUCUUCCAGCAACAGAUUUACCAAAACUAGAAUAGAAAAAACUAAAUAGAAACUAAAAAAAUUAAAAAAAAAAAAAAAAUGAAUGAAAAUACUUCCAUAACCUCCUCGACGGCCAGCCAACACAAUUUACACCCGCCAGAUUUGAUGUUGGUGGAUGGUGAAGAGAACGAUUUAACCUUAACAACGGCCACAACACAUUUAUCCUUGGACGAUUUAGAUGAAAUCAAUCAAAGUUCAGAACUUCAGUGUCUUAUGCAGGAGCAUAUGGAUACAAUGACCUUUGGCAACAAUAGUGAAUAUUGUCUUACACAAUUCGAUUCAAUCCUUUGUUGGCCACGUACACCCCGUGCCACUCUAGCAGCUCUGCCGUGUUUAGAUGAAUUCCAGGGCAUACAGUAUGAUAGUUCAC